AUGGUUUCCCUAUCCGACGUCCGUGCUCACAACGCUACUCUCAGAUCCCUCCCAGCUGGCCUCGUUGCGGUCUUCGUAGGUGGCACAAGCGGCAUAGGGCUCUUCACAGCACGAGAGUUUGUCCGAAACACCACAUCACCACACGUCUAUCUCAUCGGGAGGAAUGCAACUGAAGCCAGCAAAAUCAUCCAAGAGCUUCGCACCAUCAAUACCUCAUCACAAGUCUCAUUCAUCCAAAAGGACGUCUCACUACUAAAAAACGUCGAUGAGGCCUGCCAGGAAAUCAAAAGCAAGGAGAAGCAAGUCAACCUCUUGUUCAUGACAUGCGGCUACCUCACCUUUCAGGGCAGAGACGAAACGGCAGAAGGCCUGGACCGGAAAUUUGCACUACAUUACCGCGUAGUCGCUGUCCUAGACCCACAGAUCGGCCUCCGCUUUACCCCCAAUUUCUCCGAUCUCGCCCUCCAAUCCUCCUUUUCGCUCAAGAACUGCGGGAUUCACGCGAGCGCUAUGACGAGCCUUGCUGUCUACCACUUGGCAAAAGAGUAUCCGACGACUACAUUCAUUCAUGCAUACCCUUCUGGUGUGGAAACAGGCGUAUUCAGGGAGUUGUUCGGCAGAUUCGAGCGCGUAGCCAAGUCUCUGCUGCUUACGGUAGCGUCGUGGAUGAUUGUCCCGCAAGGAGAGAGCGGCGAGAGACAUUUGUUCGCUGCUACUGCCCCGAGAUAUGCGCCCCAGGCGAUUGGUGGGAAUGUCGAGGGGGCGGCGGUAGGAAGUGAUGGCGUCAAGGGGAGUGGAAGUUAUCUGCUGAACUGGAAUGGGGAUAUCUUGGCGGAUAGGCCAAAGGCGAAGAGCAUGCGUGAGUCAGGCAAGGAGAAAGUGGUCUGGGAACAUACGGAGGAAGUGUUCAAGAAGAUUUGCGACGAGGGUGGGAAGUAUUGA